GCAGUAAAUCUCUGUUCAAUUGGUAAAGUCUUAUCGUUCUUAUCUUGUUGACCGCUCGAAGCACAUCUGUAAUAAUAGAUACUGUCAUGGGUCUUCUCGACUGAUAACACGGAAGAAAUUGUUACCAGGCUUAGUGUCUCAUUCUGUUCGUUCAUUGAAGACAUGUACUGAUCCUGAUAGUUUACUCAACUCCUCUGAGUCCUCGAUGGUUUUGAUUCGCAGCAUUGAUGUGUCACCUUCCAUGGUGAACUGCUCAUGUGCAUGGGCAUCAGACUAUCAACAGCUCAAUGAACUGUAUCACUGCCCUUAUACAGGCGCUGUGACCACGAGAACGGCUACUUUGGACGGUUUUGAAGAAGAUGAAACCCAUACUGUAGCGUUCAUGAAGGACUCCCUUUCGUCCCUCAACUCGUACGGAUACUCCCCCCAUCCGUUGCAUGAAUACCUUGCAUGGAUCCGGGAGUUCUUAGGAGAAGGACCGUCUGCCAAACCAUUCAUAAUCAGCAUCACGGAGUCCAGCGCCGAGAGGCUUUCCGAGAUGUUAGUCGCGAUACAACAGUUCCGCGCGUCAAACGCUACAUGGCUCUCUCGUAUCGCUGUCGAGUUUAACUCCAGCUGCCCAAAUAUCAAGGGCCACCCUCCUCCCUCAUACCACCUUCCUUCUCUCAAGCCGUUUCUUGAUGUCUUUGCCAAGGCUUUCCAGGAUGACUCUACGCUCACAAUCGGCCUCAAGCUCCCGCCAUACAUCAUCGCAACUCAAUUUCGCGAUGUCGUCGAAUGUAUUUCAUCUUACACCCGCACUGAUUCCGGAAACCCCACAAACCCAAUCGCCUAUUUCACGUGCACAAACACCCUCGGAAACAGCCUUGUGUUCGCUGAUCAGACCCCAGAUGCAAAGACCGACAUGUCCCCGUUUGCUGUGCCUCCAGGUCUGGGCGGCCUCGCAGGCGAGGCUAUUCAUGCACUCUCCCUAGGGAAUGUGUACACCUUUUCACGACUUCUUGCGGAGUCAGAUGACCCGGCGAUGCGGGAAAUUGUCAUCAUUGGCGCUGGGGGCGUGACAUCCCCAGAAGCCGUUCAGCGGAUGAAUCGUGCCGGUGCGAAGAUCGUUGGCUGUGCGACGUUGUUGGGCAAAGAAGGCGUCAAAGCCUUUGAGAUCUUGUCUAGGAAUUUGUAAAUGGUAUUUGUUGUAUUCCGACGUACAUAUUUCAAUCCACAAUGGUCUGAUAUGUAUACAGUGGUCGCAGAGUAAGGCUAAAAU